CUGAUUGGAUACUUAGUGCACUACAUAGGGUGGUAUUUAACCUCUCCGGAGUGCACUCGAGUAGGGAUUCGGGAGAGAUUUGAGACUCGGCUCUAAUUUGUCUAGCGCUCGGCCUGUUCCACGGACAGUGCGCGUACUCGCGGGGGGAGCAGCUUGGUGUCUCGCAUCGCAUCGUGUCGUGUUGGAGGGUUUUUGCAUGUAAACAAAACAGACCGAGAAACGCUAGAUAGCUAAACGUUAGCUGUCCGAGUCGUUUUGUUUUUUUUUUUCAGACGUGUUUUAUGUAGAUGCGCUCUCAUUGGCACGAAUACACAACACACAUCUCCAUCAAAUGUCACAAGUUAGUGAACUGUUCACUGGUUAAUUAAUUUCCAGGCGAAAUCAUGCAAAGCUGUGGUAUGCUAAGCUAAUUUCAGCUAAGAUAUGAUAUGCACAUAGGCCUUACACUGAAGUUGAACUUCUAAACGGACUUUAUAACUUGUCACAUUUGCGCCAGGCCCGCACUUCCAGGGCCGUUUUGCAUGAGGAAGUGAACUCAACACAGACAACCCAGGAGAAAGGAACCCAUUUGAUGGGCAAAUCCUCUUUCCUGAACUCCUGGGGCGAAAUCUGAGCAGUGAUCAUGGACGAACAGGAGGUUUUGAACUCGAUCAUGCAGGACCUGGCUGAACUGCAGCGCUCCAGCCGGUCAGCCAUGCCUGAUCUGGGGAAACCCAAAGCCUCGUCUCCCAAGAACCAGAAUGAUGUUCGGGUGAAGUUUGAGUACCGAGGAGAGAAGAGGAUCCUGCAGUUUCCUCGACCUCUCAGGCUGGAUGAUCUGAGUGCCAAAGCUAAAGUGGCGUUUGGUCAAACGAUGGACCUGCACUACACCAACAAUGAGCUGGUGAUUCCUUUAAGCACCCAAGAUGAUCUAGAUAAGGCUGUUGAGCUGCUGGAUCGCUCCGUCCACAUGAAGAGUCUCAAGAUACUGCUGGUGCUUCCAGCAUCUUCUCAGAACUCCUUCUCCGGUAUGAAUAUGUUGCUGACUCACGAGCAUCUGGACAACACAGACAGGAAGAACAUGCUGGCCCUGAUAGGCUCUCAAUCGACAGACCGCAGCUCUCCUCCUCCAGGCUACAUCCCUGAUGCUCUGCAGCAGGUGGCCAGAAACGGCUCGUUCACCAGCAUCAACAGCGAGGGAGAGUUCAUACCUGAGAGCAUGGACCAGAUGCUGGAUCCACUGUCCAUGAGCAGCCCUGAGAAUUCAGCAUCAGGCAGUUGUCCUUCAUUGGAUAGCCCUCUUGACAGUGAUACCUAUCCUAAAUCCCGCAUGCCCCGAGCUCAGAGUUACCCAGACAACCAUCAGGACUUUCCAGAAUGUGACAUUCCAGUGUUUGAGAAGUCAGGGAAAGGCGGUACGUAUCCACGGAGAUACCCCAUCCCCUUUGGUCUGCAGGACUACAGUGAUGGACGUAAGACGUUUCCACGAGCAAGGCGAACACAGGGUCACGGCUUCCGCUCUCCCAUGAGUUUCAGCCCGACAGACCAGAGCCCGAGCACCAGCAGCGGCAGCAGCAUCUUCUCGCCUGAGCUGGAAGAGCCAGGUCGUCGCCGCCGUGGCAGCGAUAUCGAGCCCAACCCCAGCACCAACCCAACACUCUCCGUCAUGGACAUCAGCCCCCCUAGUCGCUCUCCUCGUGCCCCCACAAACUGGCGCCUGGGAAAGCUUCUGGGUCAGGGAGGAUUUGGUCGGGUCUUCCUCUGUUACGAUGCUGACACGGGCAGAGAACUCGCCGUCAAACAAGUCCAGUUCGACCCAGACAGCCCGGAAACCAGCAAGGAGGUGAGUGCGUUGGAGUGUGAGAUCCAGCUCCUGAAGAAUCUUUUUCAUGAACGCAUAGUCCAGUACUACGGCUGCCUGCGGGACACACAUGAAAGAACUCUGUCUAUCUUCAUGGAGUACAUGCCUGGGGGAUCAAUUAAAGACCAGCUUAAGUCUUAUGGCGCCCUGACAGAAAAUGUCACCCGUAAAUACACGCGGCAGAUCUUGGAAGGAGUUUGUUACCUGCACAGCAACAUGAUUGUACACAGAGACAUCAAAGGUGCCAACAUCCUGAGAGAUUCAGCUGGGAAUGUGAAGCUAGGUGACUUCGGGGCAAGUCGUCGGCUGCAGACCAUCUGUCUGUCAGGAACGGGUAUAAAGUCAGUGACAGGAACACCAUACUGGAUGAGCCCGGAGGUCAUAAGUGGAGAAGGCUAUGGAAGGAAAGCUGAUAUAUGGAGUGUCGGCUGCACCGUAGUUGAAAUGCUAACCCAGCGGCCUCCUUGGGCGGAGUUCGAGGCGAUGGCAGCCAUCUUCAAAAUCGCAACUCAACCGACUAACCCUACACUCCCAGCUCAUGUGUCUGACCACUGCCGUGACUUCCUGAAACGCAUUUUUGUGGAAACAAAACAACGGCCAGCUGCUGAAGACUUAUUACGGCAUUUUUUUGUUCACUAACCCCUUCCUGCCUUCAAUCACUGAACGAUUAGAGACAACCCUAAGUGUCUGCCCUUUUCUACACUUCGCCCAGUCUGCUGUAGAGCGCUCCCAUUGGACCAGAGAGAAUGGGGUGUGGCUUAGCAGAAAGGGGCUUAUUGCCUCUGUUGGUGGAGGAUAGCAUUUGGGAGCAGCUUGAUUCUGUAUGAAAACAUUGCACCUUAAUUUCACUCAGGGGUAAGUACCCCUAAAGACUAAAGGAGUUUUGUUAUUGUAGAUUUUUCUUUCUUUUGAGUUAUGCGAAUUUGGACUAGGAGGCUAAGCUCCAGGGAGUCUCGUCAGCUUCUAGGCUCGUGGGAUGAAUCUGAGAGGCUAUCUUGUUCCAACACGACCCAGAAUGUACUGUCAAGCCCAGGAGAGGGCUGGUGUGCCAUCAAGCUGCUAAAAAAAAAGGCAAAUCUAAGGAAAAAAAAAAAAAAAUCAGACCGCAGGGUGUUGGGACUCCAGCGUUACUCCUCUAAGUUCUCGUUCUCUUGCACAUUUAGUACAGACCACAGACACACACUCACACUUUCAUCAACAUCUAUACUGUAGAUUUUAUCACUCACUAUGCUGUACAAAUGUUAGGUUUUGCUGUAUCUCUGUCUCCCUCGCCGUGUUCACGGUUUAUCAGAGAGUGCCACUAUUUUUGAGCUGUAGGGUCAAGCAGGAUUGUGAUUCAUUUGUUCCACUUUAUGACGCAAUUAAUGUUGCUUUUGCUUUGUGCCUUUUUGGUUUGUGGAAACAGUUUUGUGAGUCUGUGCUCCCACACCGAGUGAUACAAAUCUCUAGAAGUCUACUCCUUCUCUUAUUUUCUGCUUCAUUAACAAACUGACUCCAGGUCAGUUCCUUAAGCACUCCUUUGCCUUCCCGUAACACAGUGCCGUAAUCUUCAGUGUGAACUGGGGUCAUCUUAGAAACACAUUAAUUCCUAAAAGCCAAAAACCCAGAACACACACACUGGGGUUGGUGCCUAGUGAUUAGAAUCAUGCCUUUAAAGGAAAAAUCCACCCUGAAUGACUUGCAUAUUCAUUUUUAAAAACAUCUUCAAUGGCAUUUAAGAUUUAUUUUGUAAUGUUGACUUUUUAUUUAAACUUCGUUCACAUGAUGGCCUAUUUUCACUUAACUUUUCACUGCGUAUCCCACAAUGCCAUUUAACUACUUACUGGUGGUGGCAUCACUGGGAUUUAGCCCUUGCUUCAUCUCUACCUAAAGAGAGCAGUGCAGUGGCGCUUUAAUCCUUUAGUCUGUCCAGCUCUCUCACCUCCAGAUCUGUUCACUUUGCUCAGACAGAUCAGCUUCCAAAGCUUCAACUUUCAUGCUUUCAUCGCCGUCAGUGCCAGCACAUCCGUCAUCUCAAAGAUCGCUAACUAGCUGCUGCCGUAACUCGGCACAACUGAGUCAUAUUUUACCUGCAUUGCAUUGUGUGACUUUGUAUCUACUGUUUGCAGCAACAUCGCCACUAUUUCUAUGUUGGAAGAAAAGAAGCUCUUGCUCUUUGCUAAACCAGACCAUAAUUUUAGCGACCUUUGAGGUCACUGAACAUUGUUCUCCAGUUAAACAUCAUUGUAAGUGCACUAGCACUGUCUCCCUGUGACAUCAGAGUGACACAUAAUCAUGAUCUUCUCACAGGAAUAACGAAAAUACAGCACCAGUGUACAAAUUAGCACCAGAGUCUUUUAAACACGAAUCAAAUAUUUCAGUAUAAACAUAUGUGAUGUGUUUUAGAGUGGAGUUUUCCUUUAACAGCAGUGUGAAUGUUAUUUAUUUGAAAUUGAUGAUGGACUGAAUACACAAAAGGCUUGGUUAGAUUACAAUUUAUCUAUAUGCGUUUAAUUGCCAUGUUUUGGAGCCAGCAGAAUUCUAUAGUAUUAUUUACAUCCUUUUUUUUUUUUUUUUUUUUUUACAGUACCAUAAGAUAUGAAGAAAAAAUUAUGAAAUUUUAUUCAAGAUUUGAUUUCAGUGUUUUUUCAUUAUAAAGCAGACCUCAGAACGCCCAACGUGAAUUCAAGUUCUCAUUAAUGCUCAACAGUACUUGACCAUCUUUGUAACCGUUUUUAACUGAAACUGACCUCACUAUCCCACAAUCGUCUUGAGACAGGUAUUCUUUUUUUUUUUUUUUUUUUUUUAAAUUAAAAAGCUUAUCUUAUUAAUCCAUAACCCACACUUGCACACACUACUGCAGCAUGCUUAGUGUCUUAGCUUGCCUUUUGUUUGCAGAAGUGUAGAUCAAUGUUAUGUCAGAUUAGAAAUGCGUCCGCUUUUCCUUUACGAUACAGCAGUGCCUAGGUUUUGGUCAUUUACGUAACUUUCUCUUUGGUACCUUUUUAUGUCCUGGGUCUUGGCACAGCUCUUUGGCAUCAGAUUGUUUAGACUGUUUACAACGCCAUUGAAUUUUCCUAAUGAGCUCAGCCUUUUAACAAAGUACAGAAUCAAAUUAAAUUGAAGUGAAAUGAAGUGAUGUUUUGCCUGUGGGCCCUGACUGAUCUGAACUGAACUCCCCAUGGAUGGAAACCAGUGCCCAUGUUUAUGUGCAGACAUUUUUACAAAUCCAAACCAAUUAUUUAUUUAUUUACGCAACAGUCGGUUAAAUCUCCUUGUACAUGUGUGUUACAUGUAAUCUCUUCCAAAUUUAUUAUUACAGUAACAGUGAGACCCUUUUAAAUUUCUUCAGUGUGACAAAGGUCUUUUUUUUCCAUUUGUGGUGAAGAUUUUAGUUACAUUAAUGUUUGCAUGUAAACAUGGCACUUGAUCAAUAAUCCAUUUCCCCCUCAUAUACGGCUGUGAUAUAAAAACAAAAAACAAACAUGAACUUUAAUGUGAAUGCACAUUAGGUACUUGGUUUUUAAUAGGAAGAGUUAUUUUACUGUUAGUAACGUCUGGAAGCUGAAUCUGACAGGUUGCUUAAAUAGCUGCUGGUUUUUUGGUCACAUAUUUGGACUUAACUACGUUAAAAGGAAAUGGCGGAUGUGUAUUGGACACGAUCUGUUUUGUCAUUAACGGUGAAGUGAUGGUACGUGUUUGCUCGCCGAUCUUUCAGUAGUGGUUUAUUGUAUAUAGAACAGUACUGAAGGGCAUCACCUCAAAAGCAGUUAUACUUAGCCUGAUGAAAACAUGGCAUCGGCUUGGCACUAAGGUGCUGUUUUUUUGUGUGUGAAAGCGACUUUAAUGAAUUUGUAAGCUGUAGAGACUCUGCUUGUAGUAGUUGUGAUGUUCCACUGGCGCUGUAUAGUGUGGAUCAGAAUGCUGCCAUGUAGAUGGCUCAGUAUUGACAAGAACCACAAAAAAAAAGAAAAGAAACAAUAAAAGCCUCUGGGCUGGUGCUUUAAAAAAGCCUCUCGAGAGCCGUUAAUGAUUAAGAUGCAACCGUUUCACUCCAAAUGAUGUUUACAGUUUUUGUACUCUAGAUUCUUCUGUUUACUGUUAUAGACUCAGAGAGCCUGUCGUUAGGUCGUUCAAAUUCAUUUGUGUAACUACAUCGACACCCUCAGUCAGGUUAAUGCAAGGUCAGGUACAGAUCACCAAUCCCCCCCCCAGACCCCCCGGAGUAGUAACAAUUGGUACGUCCCGGUUCUCUGAGCCAAGAGCACUUUUUUUUAUUGCUAUACUGCGUUCCAUGUUGUGCUUAGCCAUGUAUCUCAAAGUCAAAAGGUCAGAAUUUGAAAGUACUCUUGUUUGUUUAGGUUUAAGGUUUAAUUGAAACACAGUUUCAAGUUUUCUGUUUAAACUAACUUGACCUGAAAUGGAAAGAAAGCAUUAUUCAGUGUCUGUUAGCGUACUUGGUGUGCAGGCGUUUGUAACGUAUGCACAAUUGUACAAUCGUCUGUCCUUUUGAUGUUGAAAUUUUUGCACAUUUUUGAGACCAUAAUUUGUACACUGAUUUUAAUACUUUUGGCAGUGAAUGUUUGGCACAUUGUGUGUGUGUGUGUGUGUUUGUGAGAGUGUGUAAGAGUGUGUGAAUGCUUUUGAUUGUAUGUAGAGACAGGGAACAGUAGGAUUCUCUGACAUGGUGUGGUAGGAAGAGCCGAGCUCAUGCAGGAAUGUAUUGCUCGAAUUAUAGGUGAAACUGUUCAUGUGUUUGCUUGUACUUCUGCAUUCUUGUGUAUCUUGAUGAAAUGCAGCCUACAGGAUUUAACAAGCCACCGCCAUGAUGAUGUUGUUGUUCCACCUUCGACACUUUCUAACAACUCAUUCCUAAUCACCAUCUAAGCUUCACUUAACUAAUAAGACAGGCUUUCUAAUGAAGUUCGUUGUGCCACUGCUGCCACUCCUGAAUGCACUUUUUGUAUGGGUGUGUGUGUGUGUGUGUGUGUGUGUGUGUGUGUGUGUGUGUGUGUGUGUGUGUGUAUGUUUGUGUGUGUGUGUCAGGCCUUUUUCUGAUUUGAGUAUUGCCAGUGCAAAGAGCACUGUGCUCAAUGCCUUGCGCUUUUGACUACACAACUGAAAAGAAAAAAAAAUAAAUAAAAUUAACCAAAAGGGAAAAAAAACAACCAAAAAAUUAUUUAAAAAAAUAAAUAAAUAAAAAAGAUUUUCUCUUUUCGACAGAGUUCACUUAUCUGACUCAAAACUCUCUUGUCUGCUUUGUCUAUGGUACGAGAAAGCCAUGUUUAUAAUUCAAUUUGGUUUGUGACCAAUAAGCCUGUUUAUAUCAAAUCUGUAUAUCAGUGCUAC